AUGCAGACCAGCGCUACUGGGCCGUUGAGAAUUGAGGCUCUGAAGUUGCCACCUGUCUUCUCACCCACAGACUUCUGCUCUGGGUGUGAUCCUUAUCUCUGCUUCACAUCUCGCAGCCCUCCGGUCAACGGCUUUUCACAGAUCACCAGCAACCUGCACAUCAACAACGGUGUGGCUGCCAAAAACAAGCUCAUGCUAUCCAGCAACCUGAUCACUACAGUCUUGGUGAAGGUGGUGGACAGUUAA